CCGUGUAUAGACGGCUCUAUCGCACAUAUUGACAGGCUGGGCUUUAUUAGCAGUGAUACAACGGUAAAUCUAGACAAGACUAGACCUAACUAUGAAGGCUGAUGGAUGCGAGGAUUGAGGGCUGAUAGAUGUAAGGAUUGAGGGCUGAUGGAUGCGAGGAUUGAAGGAUGAUGGAUGAGAAAGAUCGAAGUGCGCUCCGAACCCUUUAUACACUAUAUGUUUCUCAAUUGAGCGUAGAACCUGCACACUAUACCACUCGUGCCCCGUUUAGUCUAUGGACAAAAUCCGUUCGCAGAGCUGCGGCCAGGGAAGUCUGUGUCUGACACGAUAAUCUCCAUGCUGACGGAGCUAGUCCGCCCACUCUCAAUCUCAUACAUGUGGAUAUAGGCCAUACCUCGGCUGCCUGUUGUGCCCAUUUUAACCUCUGAGAAAUCGUUGAAGUGACGUUGGUCUGUCUAAGAUACUGAGCAACAGAUCCAUUUAUUGCAUACUCGAGACAAAUGCCAUGCCCAUCGCCACCUUUGAACUUGACGAUACGAUCGUGGUUACCAAGGAUUUUGUAAAUCUGGGCUUCGAGAGUUGUACUUGCGUGUCGAUAUCUGGGUUCUCCUCAUGUGGGUAUUUGAGUAUGGUGUUGUCGUCAAUAAGACCCAGAAAGUAACUGAAGCUGGAAGCAAUGAUGGCCGUGACACCUGGUGCGUAGUAACGUAUGAUUUCAAUUUCUAGAUCAGGAGCCAUUCCGAGUAGUGAGGGGUUGGGUGGCUUGAAAUCGUUCCAGCACUGUGAGCCUUUUGGGUGAGGAUUGCUUAAAGGGAAUCAACGUCGAGGGCCACUGAUGUUAACUCUAUUCAGGAAAGUUGUAUUUGACGAUAGGGAGUAUUGAGUCGAUGGGAAGAAGCUGGUCUAUUUUAUGGGAACGCCGUGCUGGAUAUGGAUGUUAUGAUGGUAAAAGGCACGUGACAGACUCUGCCCUCAUCCACCGCCUUGACGCGCCCUAACACAGUGAGGCCUGAGAGGCCUGAGACUCGGUCCAGAUCUACUCAUACCUCGUAGCCAUGCGGACUAAUGUCUCCACCGCCGGUGACACCAUCGCCUCACCGCUUCGUCAUAAAGAACCCUAGCCGACCCGCCCCAAGCCAACAUGUGUCCAGCGCGCCUCAGUUUAAGGCCACACCGAGAUUCUCCUUUGCAGCCUCGCGGGGCGCAGGAAUUAUUGGAUCUCAGCAUGCUGUGAGCACGCCUCGAUUUAAUACGGCUGUAAGCGUGGGGGUGGGCGGACAUCGUGGAAAGGAGGAUGAGGAGGAUGAUCACGUGGCAAGAUUAAAUGAAAGGCGUCGGGCGGCAUAUGCGGAUUUACUUUCACAGACAUGGGAGGAUGAUGAGGAGGGUGCGUUUCAAAGCCCGGCAUUGAAACGGAGGAAGUUGAGCUUGGAACCGAUUCUGAGCUCCCAGCCUUAUGAUGGUGAAAAUUAUGGUGAUACCAAUGUCGACUUCGAGGGAGAGGAUAAACAACACGACCAACAGAAUCAGGGUCAUGGAAUAGAUGAUGAUUUUGAAGAUCUACUUGCCAUGGAGCCGCCAACUCUGUCGUCGCCGCCUCCUCCGGUCUAUCGCCCCCCUCCCAGUGCGCCGCGUUUCGUUCUCUCGACACCUUCCAAACCCACUUCGUCAAUGCCGGCUCCUAUUGAGUCCACCGAUACGUUUCUCCGACCACCACGCUUCAAGCCCCCAGACGAAGAGCGUGAAGCUGCUGUGGAGCCUCUACCAGAGCAUUUCUCCCCGCGACGGAGGGGGCAGAAAUUCUUGGCUGGAGGCCUGGCUGCAGAGGUUAGAGGCUGGCUUGUUGACCGUGAAAGUCAAGCGACGAGGAGUGCCAGGAAUCCCGUUCGAGAUGAUGGAUGGAAGAUCAAGAUCGCGGUGGAUGAAGUUACAGGAGGCUAUGGGGCAGGGAUGACCCUUGUCAGGGGUCGUCGGGUGGGCAGCAAUGGUGAUGAGGGGGCCGAUUUAUAUCCGAUUCGUAUGAUGCUGGGAGGAGAGGAGGGGAUGAGUGAAGGGAUUAGAAAAGGGGAACAAGCGGCAGUAGGAAAGGUGGUUGGCGUCAAGGGACCUGCCUGGGAGGUCGAUAUUGAUGGUGUGAGAUGGGGGGUGAGUGCCACUUGGAAGGUGCUUAAUUGACGUGAAUAUGAUAUGAGCUUGUAAUGAAACGAAGAAACGAAACAGGUUGCUUGCUAUCUA